GAGCAUUAUUCUGACCUUAAUACCAUAAGUUUUGCACUAAAUCGUGCGUGUUACUGUUUGGUAGCAAUCAAUCUUUUCGAUCGGCGCGCAAUUUGAAUUUCGCGGGCUAUUUGAAUCUGGUGGCGCAAGCGAAAUUUGACAGCUCCACAUACUCACAACAUAACCCUUUCUCUUUAGAAAGUGUUAUUGUUUUCAAAACAUAUUUCUUAGUGAUGAAUUACAUUUUCGUGAUUUUUUUAUUAAUAACAGCCUGUUUUCAUUUCAUACAAUGCACACACCUAAAGGGCACGUUCAAGAGCAACGACUUUUUCAAAUUCCUAGUGAAGUUCGGUUUCCAAAAGACGGACAUCCACCAGAAGGAGUCGACGCACGGCUACAUUUUCGGGAACAUAACAUCGAGACAAAACUUUCCGGUCCAAAUCACGUUCGCCGUAUUGGACCGUUUGUACUUCCUCGAGUAUUAUCAGAACCGUUUGAUUUACGAUAAGAAGGAGGCGUGCAAACGUAUGUUUAACACUUUGAAGGUGGCCGCUUUCGAUCCGAAGUGCAGCCCGAACGGCAACGAUUACCUCAGGAAGAUUCCGUGUCCCAAAGGUCAGCUGUGCGUCGACGAGGACACCGCGUGGAAUGUAAUCGGCGGUCACCAGUUCACUUACGUCAUCCAGGAUUUGGUGCAACCCUCGUUUUGGUAUGUUUCGAUGGUGGCGUGUUAUCGCGACGAGGAGACGUGCGAGUGGCACCACUACGAGCCGAACGAGCAUUACGAGAUCGAUUACGACAUGUGGCUGGUGAACGGGAAUCCGAACAACUCCGCGUACAAUGUGCUAACAUAUCAAUUCUCGUUCGAUAGACAGAAUACCCUCGAGCUGCACCUCCUUUUGUGGCUGUGCUACAUAAUCCUAGUUCCGUUGCAGUGUUACGCGGUACGGGUCCAGAAGCAUCCCGUUACGAAGCUGUUCACCGCAAGUUUGGCGAUCGAUUUUGUCGCCAUCUGCUUUAUACUGGUGCACUCGCUCAAGUUCUCGCUGGACGGCGUCGGCUUUCCCAAUCUGAAUAUGGUAGGCGAUAUCCUAGACAUUCUCUCGAGGACGCUGUUCAUGCUGCUUCUUCUUUUGCUGGCGAAAGGAUGGGCCGUUACCAGGCUGGAGUUGACAUGGAAACCGUUAGUGUUCGCCAUAUGGUUGUGCUACGGUAUCGUGCACAUUCUGUUGUAUGUUUGGAAUUUGACUGAAGUGGACGUAAUCGAGGACAUUGACGAGUACCAGACAUGGCCCGGAUGGUUAAUUAUCGUCUUUAGGACGCUAAUAAUGCUAUGGUUCAUUUAUGAGCUACGCAUUACGAUGCUGUACGAGCAUAACACGCAGAAAUUGAACUUUCUGCUACACUUCGCCGCAUCCAGUCUGGUGUGGUUUAUUUACCUGCCGAUAUUGGCCUUGAUAGCGUUGCACGUGUCAGCAUUAUGGAGGCUAAAAUUACUGCUAGGUAUCACGUAUUCCGCCGACUGUUUCGCCUACUGCGUGAUGGCGCACCUGUUGUGGCCGACUCGCUCCGAACAGUAUUUCCUUUUGGCGGGCGGAUCGAACGCCGAACUAGAAGAGCUGGAUCAGUUCAACGAGGCGCCGCACAUCGUUAAUCACUCGUACACCUCCUCGCUGAGCAGCGUAAACUCACUCGAGAUUUGUAGGUUCGACGACCAAUCGAAAAGCAAAGCCAACACUUGAACGCGAGUACGAAAAUCAGUGCCAUCUCUUGAUUUUUUCCGUUACUAUUGCGGUACGUCGGUCCGCUGAAUUGCCAAAAUUUACGUUUCGUAGUGUGUGUGAAUGAAGAAGGGGAAUUUAAAAUGCAAUAAGUCAAUUGUUUAAUUAUGUAAAGGUGUUGGGUAUUUUAUGGGUGGUAGACUUGCAAUACGGUGAAUAUCAAAGUAUCAUUGCAGCUAACAACAACUUGUUCCGUUGAUAUUCGCAUUCGCCAUUUUCGUUCAUACCUUUCAUUUUUUUAACUCAUUCUUUCAUCAAUAAAUAAUGUAUUUAUUUGAAAUAAUUGUAAAUAUCUGUAACGUAUAUAAUUUUUUGUAGUGAUAAUCUAUACCGUUAGAUUUAAGUCGAGCACUUUUAUAUGUGUAGUACAGUAGGCGGUAGUCCAAAAUUGAAACAGAAUUAUGUUUAAGUAUUAUUUUUUUUUUUAUGUGAUCAGUUUAGUAACGUACUAACAGUUUUAUUCAUUUGUAAUGUUGACACAGUUUUUAAUAAUAAUCGUAUUUUUUAGUA